UGAACGUAACAAAUGUAUGCAUCAAUUUGUUUUGAUUUUCUAGUCAAAUACGACUAACAUAUUUAACAUGUAAUUGAUAGUGCACAACACUUAUUCGAAAAUAUUUUAAUUUUUUAUUCAAGAACAUUGUUCUACAACCAUAAUAAUUAAUUUUACUAUCGUGUAUAUGUACAAAUAACUUUUUUUAGAAAAGUGUAUUUAAAAUAAAGUAUUGUUUGACCUUCGUGCGUUUAAAAAAUGGAUAUUUUAAAGGCAGAGAUAAUGAAAAAACGUAAACAGUUGGAGGAAAGCAACAUUUUGCAAAACAACAGAAAGUAUUUUAGAAGAAGUGAGCUAAUAUCAAAGGACAAAGAGGCAAAGGAAGUACAAAAGACAAAUGACGAAGAUAUUAAGAUAAAUGCAACUCAACAACAAGAAGAAUGCAUAACAGAUGGUAGUGCUGAACAUUUAAUGUUACCUAGACAUGAAGUUAUUAAAAGAUUACGUGAAAGAAGCGAGCCUGUAUUAUUAUUUGGAGAAUCAGAAAUGGAAGCAUUUAAACGAUUAAGAAAAUGUGAAAUUCUAGAACCAGAAGUAAACAAGGGGUUCAGAAAUGAUUUUCAAGAAGCUAUGGAACAAGUAGAUCAAGCGUAUCUGAAUGAAAUAUUAGCUUCUUCAAAACCACAAGAUCGAAAUGGAAAAGGAGAUGUAAAUGUGCCAGAUGAAGAAGUUACUUAUGAAGAUUUGCAGAAGAUGUCUGUUAAAUUAAACAAAGGUGAUAGGGACUUUGACUUGAAUGUCAUUACACAAUUCAUACAAUUCUUAGUGCAAAUGUGGGGUAAUCAAUUGAAUAGUAGAAGUACUGCUGAAAAAAUGAGCACUAGAGGAAAAAUGGCUAGUGCUACUUAUGCGCAAACAAGAGAAUAUUUAAAACCUCUCCUUAGAAAAUUAAAAAAUAAAUCUCUGCCAGAGGAUAUUACCGAUAGUUUAACCGACAUUGUAAAACAUUUACUUGAACGUAAUUAUAUAUUGGCAAGCGAUGCAUAUCUACAAAUGGCUAUAGGUAACUCUCCGUGGCCUAUUGGAGUAACUAUGGUCGGUAUUCAUGCACGUACAGGAAGAGAAAAAAUCUUUUCCAAAAAUGUAGCACAUGUAAUGAAUGAUGAAACUCAGAGAAAAUACAUUCAAGCAUUAAAAAGAUUAAUGACUAAAUGUCAAGAAUACUAUCCUACAGAUCCUUCUCGCUGUGUAGAGUAUUCAAAAACAUAAUAU